GGACUCCCCGUAGCCUCGACGCUGAAUGGGUACCUACCUAAUUUGCCAAUGCGUGUCAGCCCUGAAGAAUGUUACCCUACACGGAGCCUCAAUCCUCAAACCGUUAACACGGUAAGAAUAGUCAGCUUGACACGCAGGGGCUGAUCGGCCUGAUGCAGGAACCAAUAUCCCUUACCUAUAAGCGGACAUGACGCGGUGGCGCGGGGCUUCUCACGUGUCUUCUAGAUUACGGCGUACCAAAAGUAUCGGUAUAGUCCGACUUCUAGAUGCUCAUCGUCAUGGUCUCGUUGAUUGAUAUGCUCUUGGUUGGUCUCGGAGAGAACUUGCUCUUCUUCUCUCUUCCCUUCUGGCACCUGAGCGAGAGCCUACGGUCCUUACCCUACGCUCCUUUGUUCCAGCACCGUAGCCAUCAUGGAUUUCGUUCCCAACAAGGCGGGGUGGUCUCUGGCCCUCUCGCUGCUUGCUACCCUCUUUGCGCCUACAGCGCUUGCCGCUCGUUUCUUUACCCAAGCUGUCCUGCCCGAGGGCGCGAGUACGGCCUGCGGCAAUGCGCUGAUGGCCGAAGUUGCCUGUAGUCAUGCCGUCCCGGCUCUGCAAGCUGGCAAUUUCUAUCCCAAGGCGGAGCUGGAGAAGAUCUGCACGUCCGGGUGCGCGUCUUCUCUGGCCAGCUACCAUGCCGGAGUCGUUUCUGCGUGCAGUGAAGACACUUGGGUCGGCUUCCAGGACGUCGAGGAGCCCGUCGCCCUCAUCUCCGAGAUGAUCCGGUACCAUUAUAAUUUUACCUGUCUCACGGACGGAACGCGGUUCUGCAACAACGUCGCCGCGGCCAUUUCCGUCUUCCUAGACCCCGAAACAGCCGCUCUGCCGGGUGGAAUUCCCGCGGGAGGCGACUACGGCGACGAGGUAUCCGAUCCUUGCGACCAAUGCCUCGUUCAGAUCCUGCGCUUCCAGGCCGGCUCUCCCUACUACAUGGGACUUGAUCUCCAGCAGAGCUCGGCCUACGAGUCGAAGACCUCCAGCUGCGGCAUCGCGAAUGCACCACUGACGAAGACAACUCUGAGUCUAUUCUCGCCGACCGAAUACGUCCCUGCCACGCCAACAUGUGCGGGGAAGACGUAUGAAAUAAAAGCCGGCGAUGACUGCCAUUCGAUUUCUGUCUCCCAAGGCAUCGGAACGGACUGGCUGCUGACAGACAACGAUCUCUCGGCUGCUUGCGUCGAUUUUCCGUCGUCAGGGAAGCUCUGCCUCGUGAACACCUGCGACGUCUACACGGUUGCCGAGGGUGACACCUGCAAGUCUAUCACCAGAGAAUUUGGAAUGACCGACUCUCAAUUCCGAGCGUGGAAUCCGUCUGUCGAUGCCGGGUGCUACAACCUCCAACGCAUGGUGGGUGACCAAGUAUGUGUAGCUGUUCCUGGGACCCCGUACAUAACGCCGGCCCCAACGACCAUUGCACCGUCCAUCCCGACCACCGCUGCACCUGUCCCGACCAAUAUCGCCCAAGGAACCAACACGUACUGCGGCCGCUACUAUGAGGCUAUUCCUGGUGACUACUGCAACCUCGUCAUCAUGAAGUUCGCAAUCUCUUUGUCAGACUUCCUCUUCCUCAAUCCGGCGGUCAACGAAAACUGUACGAAUCUGUUCGCGUACGAGAGUUAUUGCAUCCAGCCAGUGGGCGACAUCAACACCUACAGCGGAAAGCCGGGCCACAUAACCUUCUCAUUCACGGCGACAAGGAAUGGCACCUUCGAAGACGUGGCGACGGGUCUCCCGAAUAUUGGCUGGUCGAGUCCGACCCCGACCACAACACCGGUACCCCUCGCGAGCGGCACUCGAGACGAUUGCGAGAACUACAUCCUCGGCGAUUUGUACCAGCAGAAUCUCGAAAAUUCUUAUUUGAUCUCGAACUGCCAUCUAGCGGCAGAAGUCAUGGGUGUGACGUUGGAGGACCUCGAGACGUGGAACACAGAUCUCGGGAAUGCGUCCGAUCCUUCGUGCGCUUUCGAGGCAGGCUUGAGAUACUGUGGGAAAUACUACGAGGGGGAUCAGCCUGAUGCGGCAGACCCCGUCUCUCAACUCCCCGUCAGGGAUGGAAUGACACCUAAUUGCACAGAGAUCGUCGAGGUGGCAAGUACCGACGGCAUGACUUGCACAGAAAUCCUGUCGGUGUAUGGUAUCACGAUCGAGCAAUUCUUUGCUUGGAACCCUAGCGUCGGUGCGGAUUGCUUGGGCAUGUGGGCAGGUUACCAAUACUGCGUGGCUACGAGUGAUGAGCAGCCGACACCUACCAGGACCUCGACCUCGUCGUCGACGGUCAAGCCGACCGGGCCACCUGGGCCGACGCAGACUGGACAGCCCGCUAACUGCAACAAAUGGCACAUUGCCGUUGACGGAGAUGACUGUGGCGUUCUCGAGAGGGAGUACAGCAUCACGCACGCGCAAUUCCUGUCGUGGAAUCCGGCCGUGUCGGAGGACUGCGUCAACGGUUUCUGGGGAGAUUACGCGUACUGCGUUGGCGUAAGCGGCGGCGCGUCCAGCACGAGCUCGACGAUAACGACGCCGCCGACGACGACGCCGACGAAGGUGCCGAUCCCCGAUCCGCACCAGGACGGCAUCGUGGAAAACUGCAACAAGUUCGCGCAGGCACAGGACGGCGACUGGUGCGCGCUCUUCGCAGAGCGCCACAGCAUUAGCCCCGACGACCUGUACCUCUGGAACACAGUUCUGGGCUCAGGGGGCGCCAAUUGCAACACCAUGUUCUGGAAAGACACUUGGUACUGUAUAGGCGUUGCCUGAGUUGGGAACUUGUUGGGUUGGAGCCGAUCGCGAGAAAGCGAUUACGGUGGCAGCAGUGGGGGUGGUAGUUGACUAUUAAUUGAUGCCUAAGAUGGAUCAUCGAGAGGAAGAAAAUGAAACAAUACUCAUACACGUAUCCUGACGCAGUGCAUGUGACCGAAGCUUACCUAAUCAAGAUUUGGGAUUAUGCGGCUUACCUAAGCUACCGCUUAAAAGGGUAUUAUGCACAAAACAAUAAAC